GCCACGAUUCACUUCUCGAUGAUCCCUGAAAGGGAUCGGUCAGAUGGCGUUCAAGAAAAAAAAAUAAAGAAAAAUGUUGCACUUUUUACAUUUAUAUUAAAAAAAAUGAAACACAUCAUAUGUGAAAGAUCUCUACACGUUCUCUUGCAUGGAUUGAACGAGAAAUGAUUGUCGACAAUCCGACUGAGAACUCUCUUGGAGGGAGAAAAUUUGCCCAGAAUAUUAGGCAGAAAUUUGGCUGACAAAAUGUGCUGUUAUCUGCUCGAAUAUUACCUAUUCCGCCUCUAUUUUCAAAGGUGUCGCCGAACUAUAUCAAAAGUUAAAUUGGGAUACGUACUCUUUUGCUUUGGUAUGAUAGCGCUGUUAGAAUUUUUUGGAGCAUUUGUACACCUGUUUGAGAUCACGUACGACGAAAACUUUGUAUAUCCGUACGAAGGCAACGUACAUGAAUUUGUGAAUGCUCUGCGACGUAAUGAAAAACCUGAGGUCGAACCUAUAAACGAAUAUAAAUACACUUUUAACUUAAAACAGCCAGAAAAGUGUAAAAAUGCCGAUGGCACGCUUCGUCUUGUAUAUAUGGUAAAGUCGGCUAUAGAAAAUUUUGAUAGAAGAACUGCUAUACGUAAUUCAUGGGGAAACGAAAAGAGAUUCUUCGAUGUGCCAGCAAGGACUAUUUUUGUGGUAGGUACGCAUCCAGACGACCAAGAAAUUGAAGCCAAACUAAAAUUAGAGGCAGGAAUCUACAAGGAUAUCGUACAGGCGGAUUUUAUAGAUUCAUAUUAUAAUAAUACUAUAAAAACGAUAAUGAGUUUCAAAUGGUUAAUCAAGUAUUGUCCCAAUUCCAAGUUUUACAUGUUUGUCGAUGACGACAUGUAUGUAUCGGUAAAAAAUGUAAUGACAUUUAUUAGAAACCCAGCUAACUAUCCAUUUUACUUGAUGGAAUCCAGAAAAGUGUACAGCAUACAUAAAAGAGAAAUCAAACAAUCUGAUCUAAUGGAUUACAACAACGUUAAUUUUAAUAAUAAAAAUGCAACAUACGACUCAAAAAUCAAAAUGUCUUUUACACAAAAUUGUACUGCUCACCAAUCAAGUAAUAAUAGUUGGAAAAAUAACGCGCGUGAGAAACAAGGGGAAUGGAUCGAUAAAAGUCAUAAAAUACAAGAUGAACAUUUGCUCAGAUUAAAUGCAUCUACUCUCUUGAGUAGAAUAAAGCGACAGAUCUUCGACUUUGAACUACCAGACAAUAUUAGACUGUUUGCGGGAUUCGUAUUUAUGCGAGCUGCACCACAUCGGCAUAAAUUCUCAAAAUGGUACGUCACGUUAAAGGAAUAUCCAUAUCAUUUAUGGCCACCAUACGUCACAGCCGGUGCGUACAUCCUGUCGAAGGAAGCUCUUUUAGACUUAUAUUACACCAGUUUCUAUACCAAGCAUUUCAGGUUCGACGAUAUCUUUCUUGGUUUAGUAGCUAAGAAAGCUGAUAUAGUACCGUUUCAUUGCGAAGAGUUUCAUUUUUAUAAAAAAGCUUAUACGAAGUAUAGUUACAAGUAUGUCAUAACAUCUCAUGGAUAUGACGAUCCAAAUGAACUCUUACAAAUAUGGAACGAGCAAAAAGCUCUUGGAAACGCUUAAAUCUAUUUAUAAUAUGCAAAUUUCAUAAUUUAUACUGUUAUAUGGAUCUAGACAUUUAAAAAUAGAAAACAAAGUAUUGCAGUAGCAUAUCUUUGCGAAAAUAUUCAAGUUAUAAUACAAUUAAUAUUAUAUAUACGUGUAUAUAUCUAUAAUAUAUAUACAUACAAUAUAUAUAUAUAUAUAUAUAUAUAUAUAUAUAAUAUAUAUUAUGGAAAAUAGAGUACAUAAAAUCAUAAUUAUAUAAAAACGUUCGAUUUAUUAUAAAAAUAUGUAAUUUUUCUAGAGUAGAUUUGGUUCUACAACAGUCCUUAUAUAAUUAAUAUUUUUUAAUAAAAAGCCUAAUUUUUAUCAAUAUUACACAUUAUUUAGGCAACACAUUUAAAUGAAACAAGCACUGCUAGUACUUAUAGUUAUAAUUACAUCAUAAUAAAUUAUGCACCAAAUAUGUAUUCAUUGCUCAAGUUUACAAAUAGAAUUAUUCUAUUGAAGAUA